UUAUUAUUAUUAUUAUUAUUAUUUCAUUUUCAUCCAGUAAUUCCUGUCCGUUGUUGUUCUCCUUUAUCUCAUGUGCAAUAUACAUUCUCUAUCUGUUCUCAGACUCAUUUUUAUUGUGUAUUUCGUGCCCCUUUUGUACAAAUAUUUAUUUGUUCAAAUUAAUAAACAAUAACUAUACAUGAUUGGCGUAUCUAGUGGAGUAACCGACGUAGUUUAAUCCGAUACUCGAGAGUAUAGGCAAGGUACACAGUGCUAUUCGUUAUAAAUCUAUCCUGUGUAUAUAAUAGCUUAAGCUUUAUGUUUGUAAUUUUGAUUGAGAUCAUGAACUGAUAAUAAUAAUAAUCUCCACAACCACUAUACUGACUUAUGUUUUUAUGGGAACGUCAAGAUGAAAUUUCGAAUGCAUUAAAAGCUGGUAUUAGCGUUGUUGUAGAUCGUUACAGUUAUUCUGGUAUUGCUAACACAGCCGCUAAAUUUCAUCCACUCUCUGAAUUUGAUUGGAAAUGGUGCCGUUCUAUGGAGUAUGGGUUACUGCAACCAGAUUUUAUAUUUUGCCUUGCUCCAGAAAAUUUUGCUGAAAUUUCAGUUCGUGACGCAUUUAGCGACAAAAAGUUUGAAACAAUGGAUUUUCAAAAACGAAUUCUUAUUUAUUACGGUCGUUUAUCACGUGAAUGGAGUCUGAGUUAAGUGAGAAUGAUGACACAAAUGAGCGUGAACCGAGACUCUGGCAUUGGAUACCAGCAACAGGUCAACUGUGGAUGAAACGCACUCAUGUAUAAUGUCGAUUAUUGAUUCUAAAUUAUAAGACAGUUUCCUAAUAAAAUUAUUUAUUCAUUAUAUUUACUUUUGACUAUUAUUUAUUUUGUUGUUAAUGAUGACUAUUAAGAAUACCCAAUCAAAUUGAAGUAGUAUCAGUAGUUCAUAUUGAAAUCAGGCACAAGGUGCUAAGCAAAGAUGAUUCAUCGGUUGUUAAGUUUGUGAAUAUCCAUCACCUGGAGUGGUUGGGAUGUGUCACGUUUGUCGAAUCGCCAUCUACUUCGAUAUGCAGUGGUAGCUGAAGUGUGAGUGAAUCAAAAAGCUAGUCAAAUUUUCUAGGGAUGCCAGAUCCCCAGAAAUCGCUUGAUCAACGUCUUGUUUUUGUAAUUUUGGAAAUUUGAAUUUCUCGUUUCUCUCCAAAAGCGCCAUUUCUACCUUCCGAUUGUAUUUCCCACUUGAAAAGACCCUAAGUGUUGUUGAUUCGUCCCCUCUUUUAAUAUGCUAUUUUGUGACGUUUCCUUAGGACAUUUUUAUGCUGUAUAUAUACGUUUGAGUUGUGUGUUUGUUUUUGUUUGAGAUUCUCGGUGCUUGUGGAAUAUACCUUUUCAUCAUCUGAACCGGGUCUUCUUCUGGUUAUCAGGGUUGGGAUGCAUCGGAAUAUUUUAGCUUGUCUUGUUGCUGAUCCUUCGUUCCGUCCACCGAUUUUAGGUGAUCUCCUCAUCCCUUCAAACAUAUUUAAAC